GGAGCGUUGUGCAUCUCCCCACUCAUCUCUGCAAUAUAACAAACUUUUUCUACUUCCAAUCGUUUUACAAGACUAUCAAACAUUAUCGAAUGACUAUCAAACGAUUGAAAGUAGAAAAAGUUUGGAAUAUAGUCUAAUUCAACGGACAGACCGAUCGAGGAAUCAAUUGUAUUUCAACGCUGUUGUCAUUAAAUCAUAAUCUAUUUUAUCGAUCAAAUGUUACAAAAAGAUACACCACCAGCUUCUCCUAGCAUGGAUGAAGAUAUAGAUGAGGAUGGUUUAGUAUAUGUUGAAGAUGUAGACGAAGUAAUAGAAGUAUUAUCAAGAAAUGACACAGGAAUAGAGCAGGAAAAUGAGGAAGAGAAAAUGGAAGAGGAUCAACCUAUCAGAGACGAUGCUAUCUGUACUUUUACAAAACAUCAAGGAUCAGUAUUUUGUGGUUCCUUAAGUAAAGAUGGAAAGCUAGCAGUAACAGGGGGUGAAGAUGAUAAAGCCUUUGUUUGGAGUACCAUAAGUGGAGAAACUUUUUUAGAAUGUACAGGGUACGAAGAUAGUGUUAUUUUUGCUGAUUUUAAUAAGGAUGAUUCCUAUUUAGCUGUAGCUGACAUGUCUGGUAUAGUAAAAGUAUGGAAAAUGAUUGAUAAAUCCUUAGUAUGGGAAUACAAUAUGGGCGAUGCCAUUUGGUUACGGUGGCAUACAACAGCUAAUGUUCUAUUUGGUGGUUCUGUUGAUGGUGAAGUAUACAUGUGGAAAAUUCCUAGUGGAGAAUGUAAAAUAUUACAAGGAUAUGGACAACGUGCCGAGACAGGUGUACUCAUGCCUGAUGGUAAACGUCUUGCCAUAGGAUAUGAAGAUGGCUCUAUUCGCAUAAUGGAUUUAAAAUCUAGUUCUGUAUCAGCCUUGAUUUCAUCAGAUAAGGGACACAAUGCCUGUAUAACUGCUCUGGAUUGCCAUUCUGACAAUAAAUUAUUAAUAUCUACUGGCGUAGAUGGUAAAACGAUACUAUCUACAUCUCACACUGGUAAGGUAAUUGGAAUGCUUCAAAAUUUAAGAAGCGACACGGAAAAUAAUGAGGAAGGCAGCAGCAGUGUAGAGGAGAGCAAAGAAAACUGGGUGGAAGCUGCAGCAUUUUGUAAAGAUCCUGAAUUUCCGGUAGCAGCUACCGGAACCCUAGCAGGAGAAAUAUUUAUCUGGGACAUUUCAAAGCAGGUUGUGAGACAUGAAAUCCAACAAGAAAGUGGCUUGAGUAAAUUGGUGUGGAAAGAAACUACGUCAUUGCUAUUUUCUGCAGGCCUUGAUGGUGUAUUGAGAUGUUUUGAUGGAAGAUCAGGUCGCCUCCUUCAAUCUUUCUUAGGUCACACUUCUGACAUUCUUGAUAUGUACAUAUCAAGCGAUGGAAAUAGUGUGCUGACUGUGUCUGAUGAUUGGACAGCAAAGAUAUUUUCAAUCAGUGACAUCAAAGUUUAAGAGGAAUAUAAAAUUAUAUAUCGCUGGCAUAUGUAAAAUAUUUUUAUUUAAAACGAAAUAAGAAAAUUCACUUUUCA